GCCAACAUGGCGAUUCCCAGAGAGGUGAGGAACUCCGGGCGAGGGCGGCCGAGGCCGUGAGGGAGGCGGCCGAGGGGCGACGUCUACGCCAUAGGUGUGAGGCGGUGGAGGGUAGCCCGACGCCAGCUCCCAGGCGUCAGAGAGUGGCCUACAGUGGAGCUUCCCUUCUUGCAGCUGGAGAACGGAGAGAGAAGGUGCUGGCUGGGUGAAGCUACCGCUCUCUGCCUGGCGGGGAUUAAAGGGCCCAGAGUCCAGGGCGUUCCUAGUCACCCCAGUUCCCCCGGAGUCUCAGGUCUAAAGACAUGACCCGAGAGUGCGCUUCCCCGGCCCCUGGGCCUGGGGCUCCGCUGAGCGGUUCGGUGCUGGCAGAGGCGGCAGUGGUGUUCGUAGUGGUGCUGAGCAUCCACGCAGCCGUGUGGGAUCGAUACUCGUGGUGCGCCGUGGCCCUCGCGGUGCAGGCCUUCUACGUCCAAUACAAGUGGGACCGGCUGCUACAGCAGGCAAGCGCUGUCUUCCAGUUUCGAAUGUCCGCAAACAGUGGCCUGCUGCCCGCCUCGGUGGUCAUGCCUUUGCUCGGGCUGGUUAUGAAGGAGCGCUGCCAGGCUGCGGGGAACCCAUACUUCGAGCGGUUUGGAAUUGUGGUGGCGGCCACUGGCAUGGCAGUGGCCCUCUUCUCAUCAGUACUGGCACUGGGCAUCACUCGCCCAGUGCCCACCAACACCUGUGUCAUCUCGGGCUUGGCUGGAGGUGUCAUCAUGUAUAUCAUGAAGCACUCGCUGAGUGUAGGCGAGGUGAUCGAGGUCCUGGAGGUCCUGCUGAUCUUCGUCUACCUCAACAUGAUCCUGCUGUAUCUGCUGCCCCGCUGCUUCACCCCUGGAGAGGCUCUGCUGGUAUUGGGUGGCCUCAGCUUCAUGCUCAACCAGCUCAUCAAGCGCUCUCUGACUGUGGUGGAAAGCCAGGGGGACCCCUUGGACUUCUUCCUGCUGGUAGUGGUGGUAGGGAUGGUGCUCAUGGGCAUCUUCUUCAGCACCCUCUUUGUUUUCAUGGACUCAGGCACCUGGGCCUCUUCCAUCUUCUUCCACCUCAUGACCUGUGUACUGGGCCUUGGCGUGGUCCUGCCCUGGCUGCACCGGCUCAUCCGCAGGAACCCCCUGCUGUGGCUUUUUCAAUUCCUCUUCCAGACAGAGACCCGAGUCUACCUCCUAGCCUACUGGUCUCUGCUGGCCACCUUAGCCUGCCUGGUGGUGCUAUACCAGAAUGCCAAGCGGUCAUCUUCCGAGUCCAAGAAGCACCAGGCCCCCACCAUUGCUCGGAAGUAUUUCCACUUCAUUGUGGUAGCCACCUACAUCCCAGGUAUCAUCUUGGACCGGCCACUGCUCUACGUGGCUGCCACCAUAUGUCUGGCGGUCUUCAUCUUCCUAGAGUAUGUGCGCUACUUCCGCAUCAAGCCCCUGGGCCACACUCUGCGAAGCCUCCUGUCCCUCUUCCUAGAUGAACGAGACAGUGGACCGCUCAUCCUGACCCACAUCUACCUGCUCCUAGGAAAGGAGAACUGGGAGCAUAGAGGUUAGAAGCAUCGGCUCUGGAUCCGGCUGACCUCGCCAAACACCUGAACAGCUGUGGGACUUGGGCAGGUCACUUAACCUUCCCAUGUGUCAGCUCCUUCAUCUGUAAACGGCACCUACCUGAAAGGGCCAGGUAACUCAAGCCGCCGUCCUUAACCAGCGAGAGCACCUCCAGCCACCAGAUGGUCCACUGUAAGCCACCAGUGGUCUAAGACUUGGAAGUUGGGUGUGAAGCAGGAAACGGACCCAGCGUCCACAUUGUAAACAUCCCCUGCGUGGUGCUGGGGCCCAGGCAGGAUGGAGAACCGCUGAACAGAGGACCUUAGUCUGUACGAACAAGAGGGUGCCGGUCUCGCCUCAUCCCUUCCUGGAGAACUGUGUGCUUUCUGAGCACCAAAGUUUACGUCAGACUUUGACAAUCCAGACAGUGUCCAGAUGAAGGUGUCCUGAUGGUGGGGGCCCCAAAACGUUUGGAGGAGUAAUGGCUGAAGGAGCUGGGGGUGCUGGACUGAGCAGAGAAGGCUCAGGGAGAGGACGGUCAUCCCUUCAGGAGACUGUCCUCAGGCUGGAUGGUGGGGAGGAGGGGGCCCCACAAGGAGAAUGCCUUGAGCUCGUGUCAGGAAAGGAAGAGCUGCCUGUAGGGGUGGUGAGCCCUCUGUCACUGGAGGUAUUUGAGAGAAGUGGAUCAUCACCCAUGAGGGAGGCUGGAAAGGGUAUCUGUGCAUCCAGGGGGUUUAUAAUCAGAUCAGCAGUUUCUAUGCUGAAUCAGUCCUUCAGGGAAGUUGGUAAAAUACAGAUUCCCAGGCCCUUGCCACCCUCCCGACUCAAGAUCUCAGGGGAUGGGGCCCAGGAAUCUGUAUUUUUAAGCAGCAAGGAGUCGCUGCCAGGUUUGGGAACCAGUAGGUCAAGGGCUCCAGGACACCCCCCUCCACCCC